AUGGACCUUCCGAGGAAUUUGCACGAUUGCUACUUUUUCUACUACUCGACAUGUAAAAAGGGUACCAACUGCGAGUAUCGCCACGAGCCGGCGGCACUCGGGCACGAGAAAACCUGCAAGCUGUGGGCGGAGGGCAAGUGUUACAAUCGCACCUGCACCAUGCGCCACAUGAAGAUCGAGAAGCCGCGCUCGGCCACGCCGUGCUUCUGGGAAGAUCAGCCGGGCGGCUGCCGUAAGCCGCAUUGCGUGUUUCAGCACAAGAUGCCGAAGCCCGCGCAGCCUACGACUAGCAAUGUGGGUGUUCCGGUGCAACCGGCCGCUGCUGCUGCCGCCGCAAACGCUGCCGCUGCUCAUCUCAUGCACUCGACUUCGGCCGCCGUCGUACUGGACUACAACUAUGCAACCUUGCUGCCGAGAAUCAUUUAA